AUGAGGAACAUGUCCUUCCAGCACACCAAAUCCCUCGUUGUCAGCUCAUUUAACCGCGUCAGGAAGUCAAGAAAUACCAUCCCCGUGCUUAAAGGAACAUUAUCAUAUUUGCUUUUCUUUAUCCUGUUCUUCCUGAAACCCUUUCAGCGCUUAUUUCCAAACCCGAUAACGGGAAGCAGUGCCGUAUUGAUAACCAUUGUUGGCUUUCCCGGAUGGUCAGUUGACGCAUGCUUAGACACGCUCUUCCUUGGUAUGCUCGGGGCCGGAAUAGGAGGGGUCAAUUACCUUAUCCUAGGCCAACUGGCUCCCUAUCCCGUUGCCCAAGCGGUCGUGUUUUUUCCAAUUCUUUACAUUUUCGCUAUCAUCAAGACGAAGAAUCCCAAAUAUCUCGUCUUGUCAUUGAUUUGCAUUUCCAUGAGUUGGAAUGGUGUCUACAACUCCACCUCAAGCCCCAAUCGACAAUAUUCACCCGAAUUGUUAGAAAGCUACCUCCAAACUUAUGCCUGGGCUGCUGCGAUAGUCGUUUUCGUUAACGUUUUCGUACUCCCUCAUUCAAGUGAAGCAGAACUUCGGACAACCCUUGUUCACUCCAUCGACCAUAUCCGAACGCUGGCCUUCCUAAUUAAAAAGACGUAUUGGUGCACAAUCACCGAUGAAGAAUCCAAGGUUCGGGAUAACUUGGUUCAAUCAAUCCGGGCGGAUUUUCACAUCUUGCAAGCCAAACUAAAUCGGACGUUCCUACGGAUCACAUAUUCGAAAUGGUCAGGGGACGAUUACAAGAAAAUGGUACAGCUCACCAAAUCGAUGCAACAAUCUUUGAUCUCGACUCAUUCCAACUUGAACAAUAUGAAGCAAUCUGAAGCCAAGAUUUUUAUCGAUCAAGUCAUGGCAACAGGAUACGUAAAUUCGGACCUGCUACGGAAGUAUGUCUAUGUGGGCCUCACAGAAGUCCAGAGAGAGCUAGCUUUAGGAUCCGAAUCAGCCCCAUUUGCGCUUAAGGAGAUGGAGUUGCUGAAAGAUAUUAGCAUUGAACGCCUUUCAAAAAGUGAACCACAACCGUCCGCCUAUUCCAGGCCUCGAGUUUACACAAUAGGUCACGCCAUCGGAAGAAAUCCAGCAGCUCAAGCAGCUUCCGCCGAACUGACGGAUAUGCAAAACCAAAUUGCGCUCGAGAUAUCGGAACCUCAAGCAACUGCUGCGUCCCAUCAAUCUCCCGGAGAUCGGGAAAGUCCUUCUACGAACUGCUAUUCACCGAACAAUUAUGAUUUUACUGCGCUUGCCUAUCAAACCACACCGGCGAGUCUGCCGAACAGGGCACAGUCUGCCCAGGUGAAUUUCUCGAUUCGUCAGCACUGGAACAACUCGCAAAUGCUUCAACACGAGGUCAUCGGCCAAAUCUAUCAAUCGGGAAAAAUUUAUCAUCCUCGAGAACCAUUGCUUAUCGACUCGAUUACCACUGCAUUCAGAAGGGAUUUCUUGGCAAGUGAACAUUGCGAUGAUAACGGAAGACAUCAUUCCGAGAUCAUCAGCACUGCAUACAAACAUUCGUCCCUCCUUCAACCAAUCUUAUCUCCAGUCGAUGGUCUAUCCCGAGAUCCAUCUCACGAAGAGUUCUCCGGAACAUUCGAAAAAACACAGCUGAAUGAGUAUAACAAUGACGAGUUACAGCGCUCCUUACUCAGGACAUUCUCGCAUUCGUACAUCAUGGGCAUGUUUCUCGAGGACCUCAUUGAGCUGAGGGAAUUCGUCAUGGGCACACAAGGUGACGGAAAUCCUCGGCGGAAGAAGUUUCAUACCACUUUCUGGUUACCCCUGAAAGCGCGUCUCGGCUGUCGGAUCCAACGCCACUCAGCAAAUGAUCCCAGAUUGUCGACUGAUCAAAGCCCCGAGGAAGAAAUGUCGAUGCGAGAAGCGCUUGAAACACUGAAGGGCAAGCAAUAUGUACCAAUCAAGAUGCCUCUAUUCGAACGCGUCCUUCUGAUUGAAAAGCUGCUAAGGAGCCCCGACAGUAUCUGUGCAUUCAAAGUGGCAUGUGCGGUCACCACGCUUGCGGUACUGUAUUGGUGCGACUCAACGCGCGAAUUCGCGCAGAAAUACAACCUCAACACGGCCGUAAUCACCCUAGUCGUCUCCAUCACUCCUACCUUAGGGCAGAGUUGGUUGAGCUUCACGCUGCAGAUCAGUGGACAAGGAAUGGGUUUGCUAUAUGGAAUGAUCGCGUUAGAAGUCUUCAAAAACGUCGGAGGUUACAAGUACAAUCCGUAUGGGAUAAUCGCCGCGAUGGCUCUGUUUGCAGUACCGAUGAAUUUUGUACUCUACACGAAUCCGAAGCUUUUUGUCAUGUCCCUUUUGGCAAUGAAUUCUGCCGGAACCCUAGUUUAUCCGAUCUAUCUAAACCAGAGUAUCCCGUAUGAUUCGCCUCCUUACCGGAUGGGUAAAAGUCUCACUUCGCUGGCAAUUGCCAUCGGCAUCGUAACCUUCCUCCAGCUCUUUGUCUUGAGGAAUCCGGCUCGAAGGACGCUGCGGAAGGCGAUGGCUAAGGUGAUGAAGGCCAACACAGCAUAUACAGUCAUCUUACAGGCUUAUGUUUCGUCAACCAUACCAAUUGAUCCUAGUCAUCGACCAUCGGCGAAAGCGAUCCAGAGAGUUGCCAAAGAUUUGACGAAGCGAGAAGCUCGUAUUCAAGCCGACAUCACCGCGCUGAUGCCUUUGAUGAAAUUUGCAAGUGUCGAGCCGGCCUUUGGCAAGCCUUUUCAUGCAGCCGAGUAUCUGAAAAUCGCCAGAGCCAACCAAUUGAUUUUGGAUCGAAAUCGUGAUGCUCGCAUUGCGAUCGGAACAAGACCUUUGCCCACGAGAAUCAUGACCGAGUUUGUCGAAAAGCUGGCACCCUACCGACGUCCAACACUGUCCCGGAUCAAGACUUCGUUGUAUCUCUGUACAUCCACUCUCCAAUCGAAGUUUCCUUUACCCGAGAUUUACAAUGUCGCUGGUAACCAGGAAUUCGGCCAGGAAAUCAUACACGAUGCAUUGGUUUUGGCUUGUCGAUUGGCAAGCUCACCGGAAGGCUUACAGCUAGUCAAAAGCAAAGAACUGACACGGUAUUGGCUUUAUCUAUCUAGUAUUAAUAGUGGGUUUGCGCAACUCGAGUGCAUUCAAGAAUCCGCAAAGAAGAUCUUCGGGAGGCUCGAGGAUGAGACAUUCAAUUACUAUCAAGAAGUUUCUUAG